AUGCCAGUGUUGGCUUCAGAUACUGCAGCCCAGGGGACUGUGGGGCCCUCCCACUCCUUGGCAGAGGCCAGUCUCCAGGAAGUUACCAACAACCAGGAAGGGAGGGGCCUGCGGCGUCCCCUCUCCUACGGUCCUGAGAUGCUGGACUCCUCCGUGGCAGACCAAAUGACCCGACUGACGCUGAAACUCUUGGAGAAGAAACUGGAGCGGGAGCGUGAGGAUGUGGAAGGGGAUUUUGAGGACCCCCACCUUGUACUGGGACAAGAAAACAGGCCGGAUGCAGCCCUGCAGAGCGCUCUGAGGAGGAGGAAGGACCUUCUGCAGAGACUCCGGGAACAACACCUCCUGGAAGAGCUCGCCCGUGCCAGUGCCGGUGCCUGGAGGGGGCCCAGCGGAGGAGCCCAUCCAUCAGCGCUGCCUCCAGAGGUACCGUCCGGGAUCCCGGCUCCACCUGGGAUCUACCCCGCUGCCUCCACAGCCCCACCGGCCCUGGAGCUGCCUCGGGUCAUCCAGCACUCGGUUCCCCAGCCUCCUGCCACCAUCAUCCAGCAGCUCCCUCAGCAGCCGCUCAUCGCACAGAUUCCGCCUCCCCAGGCCGUCCCAGCUCAAAGGUCAGGAAGCAUUAAGGAAGACAUGGUGGAGAUGAUGCUGCUGCAGAACGCACAGAUGCACCAGGUUAUCAUGCAGAACCUGAUGCUCCAAGCCCUGCCCCCAGCGGCCCCUGUGUCCUCCAGGGGACCGCAGGCCACACUCCUGCACCCCACCCCACAGGGCCUGCAGCGGGCUCACCCCACUGUCCUGCGAGCUGAGAGGCAGAAGCCGCCCUCCGUGCACCACCACCACCACUACGCACCCCCAACCCCGCUGCAGGCGGGCCCUGCACCUGGCUCACCCGUGGCUUACUCCACCUGGCCCAUGGUGGUCUCCGCCACCGCCCUCCCACCUGCCGCUGGCUUCCUGCCUACCGUGCGCCACGUGGUCGCCCCCUCUGCAGAUGCUUUUAGCACGUAA